AUGGUCCCUAUAAGAAUUUUUGGUAGUCACAUUGGUGGUCGUGAUGCUGGAGAUAGAAAUGCAUCUCAAUCACACAAUAAUGCAGAAAGUCAACCUUCUUCUUCAGUUAGAGGAUCAAACAUCUUGGAACAAGUUCCAAGUAACCCAUCAAAAAGGAAGUUCAUUGAAGUCGAUUCUGAAAACGAAUUUACGGAUCAGAUUUCAGUGAUCAGAGCCAUCACAUGUAUACUGAAGACGAUGUUUGACGGCCCAUGGACCUCAUGGAAGAAGGUUGACAAAGAACAUCGUGAUGCAAUGUGGGAACACUUCAAGGGUUUGUAUGUCUGGCCCGAAGAGACUGAUGUUCUUGCUCGCAAGGUAUGGGAAGACUGUAUGAAGAAACGAUUUCCUGACAUAAUGCGAAGAGCACGUGAAGAAUCUUUAAAACUUGCCAAAGCUGCAAAUGUGAAUGCCUCACUAGAAGGUGAUUUAAAUUUGCUAAAGGACUAUCACCCAAAUUGGAUAAAAAAGGAGUAUUGGGAAAAAAUGAUCAAUGAAAAGAUGGCUCUGUUUCCAAACAUACCGGGGGUUCUAUAUCUAUUCGUCAACAUAAGAAAAGAAUGCAAGCAACACUUAAACGCCCUCCUACAGGAAUUGAACUUUAUGCAAGGUUGCACACUAAACGGUCUACUCAAGAGUACAUUACACCAAAGGCAGCUAAAGUUAAGGAGGCUUAUGAAAGUGCUAUGGUGGCUAAGUUUGGUGAUGAUACUAGUUGCCACCCCCCUCUUGGAUAAUGAAACAUGGUGUGAUGUUUCCGGAGGAGUCAAGAAAGGAAGAAUAUAUGAAUUCGGAUCUGUGUCUGAUCCAGCGAGCUUUUUGGAAGGAACAUCUAGUACAAUAACAUCCCAAAAGGUUGUCUAUGAACGUGUACGAAAUGAGAUGCGUGGGGAAAUGGAUGCUAAAGCUGCUGAAAUGGAAGCUAAACAUCAACAAAUGCAUGUAUGCAGCCUUGCAAGAUAUGAUGGGAAAUUGAAAAUUAGAGGAAUGAGAACCGAAGAUGAUUGGAUGGACAUGAAAUGAAGAGAGCAGUUAAAAUGUUAUUUUGAAGUUAUGUUUUGUGAAAACUCAUUUCCCGAUGCAUACUUUGGAUUUCUUGGUGCUAAAAUGUUAUUUUGAAGGUUAAACUUUUUUUUUUGUUUGUACCUCUUUUGCAUACUUUGGAUUUCUUGGUGUUAAAAUGUUAUUUUGAAGUUAAACCUUUGGGAGUUUGAUGUUAUAUGG